AUCUUACUAUUAUUCAUAAAUUCAGAAUAAAUUGUCCAUUUUUUUGUGACAUUCAUUCCAUUUAUACACUUCGCAAUAAGAAAAAAAAGCACCUAAAUUGAAUUCCCCUUUAAGCCAUUUGACAUUUGUUUUAUACAAAGUAGCUCCUAUGUAGAGCACCACUUUAUCGCAUUGGCGCUGCAGGAUUUUGCUCGCUCUGGAUACACCUAUCAUCCUGCUGCUCCUCUGCCAGGUUCAGACGUGAUGCUAUUAUAGGAGAAGCUCAGGCUGAUACAGGGACCAGGCAGAGGGUGAUAGGGUAAAAAAGAGGAGGAGAGGGGAGGGGGUGCAGAGCAGGGAACCUCUGCAGAGUGGGAGGAGGGUGCUCCUCGAGGAAUCCCCAGAAUACCAGAAAGGGAGAGACAGAUCAUUACAUUGAGGAGGAAGGGGGAAGGAACAAAGGCAGUAAGACAAGAGACUGUGACAGGGAGCGUGACAACCACAGGAAGAUAUCAGGCAAGCAAGUCACUUGCACAUUAAGUUGUAGGAGGGUGCUGUCUGCUCCUCGAUUCCGCUCUUGCACCAUGAGCUUCCAGAGGCCACCCUUGGCUCUUGGGGAAGAUGCCAGCAUAAGAGGUUCCCCAAGAAAAGAGCAAGGCUUCCGGGGUUCUGCCAUCCUGCACCAGCAAAGACGUCUCAAACAAGCCACCCAGUUUGUGCACAAGGAUUCUGCAGAUCUGUUGCCUCUGGACCAACUGCGGAGACUUGGCACCUCCAAGGACCUGCAACCUCACAGUGUGAUCCAGAGGCGUCUCAUGGGAGGUAGCCCAGUUAAGGAAACCCGCGGAUUAGCUCAGGUCCCCAACCUGUGUGGUCAAGAGGCCCAAUCACCUAAGGUGGAGACAGGACCAUCCUUGCAGGAUGAAGAUCAAAGUCUUGUGCCAAAUCAGCUUCUGCCUACCAAAAAACCUGAGGAGAGGACAGUGGACGGCUGGAGAGGACAUGCCCUGCUUUUCCCCUGUAAGGUUGGUACCAUGGAAAUUUGUGCCAAGUUGUCCACUGAACGACAAGAAAACAUCAUGUCUAAAGCCUGCUUGAAAAGACUGGGGUUACAGACCACAAAUGGUCCUCAGGAGAAGAUUAUAGUGGACAUUGAACUUGGCGGAGUGGUGCUGACCAGCAAAGCCGUGAUUGUAGAUGACGACACCAUUGAGUUCUGUAUGGGAUUGGAGACACUGAUAUCAUUCAAGACCUGCAUUGACCUGGAGCAUGGUGUCCUAAAGACCCCAACCCAAGAGAUACCGUUCAUGAACGCCUCAGCUGAGAGAGCCACAACAGAGAAGAUGACUGAAACCAUAAGCAACAGUAGUGGGCAGUAGAUAGCCAUCUCCUGGUCAAAUGGAAGUACAGCUACAAGUUAAAGCAGAACUACUCUUAUCCUCACCUUGGAGAGAAGUGAAGAGAGGAACAGUGGGGCAUAAAUGAGGCUUUCCCGUGAUCUGCCCAUUCUUUCUGUUGUGUGAAAUACAGAGGCUAGGACCGAGCUA